AUGGCGGAAAAACAAGGAGCGAUCGUAAAGAAAGGUCACGAGGAGGGCCUGAAAAUGGCGACAUCUCUGCUGGAGGAAUUCGGACUUCCGCUCGGGCUUCUGCCAUUGGCCAACGUGAUAGAAGUGGGCUUUGUGCGGGCCACGGGGUACAUGUGGAUUAUGCAGGAGAAGAAAGUUGAACACGAUUUCAAGAUGAUAAGCAAACUCGUCGGUUACAGCUGCGACAUCAAUGGGUACAUUGAGAAGAAGAGGAUAAAGAAGCUGUCCGGAGUUAAGGCUAAGGAGUUUAUGAUGUGGCCUCCGGUGAGUGAGAUCAAGGUCGACGAGGCAGCUCCCGGGAAGAUCCACUUCAAGAGCCUCGCCGGAAUCACCAAGACUUUCCCCGUUGAGGCUUUCGCUCUUGGCCAGUAA